AUGGGUCAUUCAUUGCAACUAGCACAUCAAAUAAAAGGGAAAGAAGUUUUGAUCAUAGGUGGUGGGAAGGUUUGCAUAACUAGAUUAAAGAAGUUAUUGCCUGCCGGGUCCAAAAUUACAUUAGUAUCAACAGAAGUUGAUCCAAAGAUAUUGAACAAUGAUUAUUUUCCAUCAAACUUGAUGAAUAAGGAAGGCAAUACAAAGCGCGAAUACACCAACAUGAAUUGGGAUAAGAAGGAGAAGACGCAAAUUUUUAAGAUCAUCCGUACGGAAUAUAAAGAGGAAUACUUGACUAUCGAUGAUCAUGACAAUAAAAAUGGUUGGAAUCUAAUUCUUGUCUGCAUCUCAAGUUUUGAAAUCUCAGAGAAGAUUUAUUGGAAGGCCAAAGAGAUCUUUGGUUCUCAACAACUGAUUAACGUUGCCGAUAAGCCAUCUCUUUGUGAUUUCUUCUUCGGCGCAAACCUUGAUUUGGAAGGUGGUCUACAACUGAUGGUCAGUAGUAAUGGUAUCAGUCCAACUUUGGGAGGAUUGAUGCGUGAUGAGAUCAACAGACAUUUCGCGUCUCUAAAUUUCGAAGUAAUCAUGGAGAAGCUAGCAAACUUGAGAUUCGGAAUAAGAGAAUUGACUACUAAUCCUGACGGAGAAGAUGAACCUCAAGUUAUAGCAUACAGAAUGACGUGGAUCAAAACAGUGACAGAUAUAUUUGGGUUGAAAUACUGCGAAAAUAUUAAUGUCCCCAAAUUAUUGGAACUUUUCGAAAAAAUGCAACAUGAUGAUUAUUCUUUGAGUUUCGGUGACGCACAAGAAUUUAUCACUAAAUACACAUUAUAA